UCUGCUAGUCAAAUGCUUAGCUAGCUUGGGUAAGCUUGGGUUGCCUAUGGCUCUGAUGUGGCUCGAUUCAGUCUCCCUCUAUACUAUCAAGUCGAUAAGUCCCAGUCCUUUUACUGAAGGAAAAAUGGUCUGUUGUUUUUCCCUUUUUCUUCUGCAAAUGGACUACCGCUGAGAAUUACMUUUUGUGUCCUUUAGACAUCAUGAACACCAUCAAUAUUAUUCUUUCAAUCUGUGCAUUUUGUCAUUCACUAGAAAAUCUGCUAUUUUGCAGUGGUUCAUGGAGCUAUAAGGAUCCUAACGGUCCAAGCACAUGGUUCAAGACUUAUCCCAAAUGUGCCGGAAAACGACAGUCUCCAAUCAAUAUAAUUCCACAAAAGGCUCCCUUUGAUGGAUCAUUCAGUGAUUUACACAUCCAUUAUUCGUCAAGUGCAGACCUUAGUGUUACAAACAAUGGAAGAGCGAUUACUGCAAAGCUUUCCAAUAACGAUAAGCUCAAUUUCACUGGCGCUGGUUUAAAAUCUGUUUAUACUUUAGACAAGUUUCAUUUCCAUGUUGGAGCAGACAGCUCUGAAGGUUCUGAGCACCAAAUUGACGGUAAAAAAUACCCAAUGGAAGUACAUUUAGYUCAUUACGAUGUAAGCAAAUCUUCAGAUGUUACAGCUGCAAUUAUGUCGGUUCUUGUCACUGAAGGAACUGAAGACAACCAUUUCUUUGACAAAUUAACCAACAGCCUUCAAAACUGCUCCAAAAAAGAUGAGACCACUAAAGUCAUCGGAUUYUCKGUCAAACAUAUACUACCGAAUAAUACUCAAUCAUUUUACCGAUAUUCUGGUUCAUUUACCACACCAAAUUGCAGUGAGGAUGUGGAGUGGAUUGUAUUUCAUCAAACAGUGUCUAUUUCAUCCAGACAGUUGAGAGCAUUUCGUAGUGUCUCAAGCGCAAAGCAAUCCACAGAACCUCUUGUGAAUAACUUUAGACCUGUCCAACCUUUGAACAACAGAACUGUGCUGAGAAAUUUUGACCAUCAAAAAUUUAUCUGUGGCAAGAAAUCCAAUCUAACUGCAGAUUGCCGUACAACCAUUGAGAAUCAUGAUGUAUUCUAUGAAGUGGAAGUGAAGCCAUGCACUUUACCAGUAGCUGUUGUUGUUAAAAUCAGUGCUGCAGGUUUAGGGUUUAAUAUUGAGAGAAUUUUUAGUGAGGAUGUAUCAUCUCCAAUUGUCAUUUCCAAUCUCAGGUAUGGAGCAAGUAUGGAGAUGCAUUUUCAUGCUGAUGGUCCCCAUUCAGGCAAAUUGCAUGUUACUGUGUACCAGUUUCCAAUGUCUCAAGUUAACAACAAAAGUAAAGUCAUUGAUCAGUAUUUCCAGGUUGAGGGGGUGUGUCAACGAGGCAACUGUACAUUGGAUGAAUGGGAUAAUCAUUGGUGUUCAAGCUAUAUGGGUGUACAAAACCCUCUUUUGAUUGGCUUCUCGUCAAAACUCCGUGAUCCAUGUGGUUCCCCMAGUGUAGUAGUAGAUGUUUAUCGCAGUGAGUACAUGAAACAAUCAUGGGUACCGACAGAUAAACAAGAGUUUAAAGACAAGCAAUCGUUUCUCGUGAAUCUUACACGUUCUUUGGUUGGUGGUAAGAGUUUGAGAAUGAGGAAAKCUGUCGCAAUGACUUCAAGAUGGACAGCUGUUUACUUAGAGGCUCAUGUGAAAAAAUCUGGUGGAAAAACAAAUUUUGAAGUUUAUCUUUUAGUCAAGAGGAACGGUGGGCAUUAUCUUGUCUUCAAUACACAAUACAUGUACCCAAGUCUGUAUUGCAGCAAGAAAAAAUCAGAUAACCAUGGCAACAAGGUUGCUGUUGGCGUAAUUAUUGUGGUUGUGUUGGUGCUGAUUAUUGGAGUAGCAGCUUUUCUGGUAUACAGAAACAGGAGAAACUAUUUUGGACAUCGCCCAGCUUUGGUUGAUGAAAUAGAGGUCCAAGAUGCUGAUAGACUUUGACCAUUACUAUUCAUUCUUGUCAUUCCAUCAAUGAAAAUAUUGCUUAAAAUUGUAUGAACUCAGAUAAGCACUCCCAUGUUUUUGACUGCUAUCUAACAAGCUCCAAUAAAACAAAAUUUAUUUAUUGUCCACUUGUUUCCACGUAUAAACUGACAUUAGAAUUUUGGUAUUGUUUCACUGGUUUUUGAAAACCUCACUAAUGACAGAUUAAUGGAUUGUAAUAUAAUUAUUAUGAUUAUUAUUUGAUGCUUGCAUGCUUCUCAAAGUUUGUAUAAGCUCUUUCUGUUCCUCUUUAAUAAUUAUUUUGUGACUUCAUUAUUUAUAAAAAGAAAAAUUAAUAUAUCUCAUUGAUAAAUUAAUAAUGUUAUAGAUCAUUUUCAAGGGAUAACUGAACCCUUUCGUUGUGAUGAUCAACUUUUUUAUACUGAUUCAAUUACAGUAUUGAUUUUAUGUAAGCUCUAUCAAGAAGUGUAAACUUGAAGAUGUCCAAGAUGACUAACUGCAUUGCACCUCAGKAGAGUGCCCCUUAAGACUGAGGAAAUUAUAUUUAUUAGUGGUAAAAUAAACAAAUGAAUGGUUUUGAGA